CUGAAGACAGUAACGAUGAAGAUUUUGAUCUUGGCUUUGUUCGUUGUGGGUGCCUACGCCUGUGGUCGGCCCACCUACCCGCCAAUCCUCAGCAAGGUGGUUGGUGGAGACGACGUCCGUCCGCACAGCUGGCCCUGGCAGGUGUCUCUGCAGUAUCAGAGCGGCAGCAAUUUCUAUCACACGUGUGGUGGCACCCUGAUCUCCAGUCAGUGGGUCCUCACUGCUGCUCACUGCAUUGGUAGUCGCACCUACAGAGUCUAUCUGGGAAAACACAAUCUGAAGAUCGCCAAUGAGGCUGGUUCCAUUGCUAUCAGCCCUGCCAAGAUUGUGGUCCACCCCAGCUGGGACGCCGCCAGAAUCCGUAACGACAUUGCCCUGAUAAAACUCGCAAGCCCUGUCAAGCUCAGUAAUACCAUCAUGCCCGCCUGCCUUCCUGACAAUGGGGUCAUCUUGCCUCAUGGCACUGCAUGCUACGUCACAGGCUGGGGCCGUUUGUGGACCAAUGGUCCAAUUGCUGACAUCCUGCAGCAGGCACUCCUGCGUGUGGUCGGCCAUUCCACCUGCAGCAAGUCAGAUUGGUGGGGCAGCCUGGUCACGACCAGCAUGAUCUGUGCAGGAGGAGACGGCAAUGUGGCCAGCUGCAACGGAGACUCUGGCGGCCCCUUGAACUGUCAGAGCAGUGACGGAUCCUGGGACGUCCACGGUGUGGUGAGCUUCGGCUCCAGCAUGGGCUGCAACUUCUACCAGAAGCCCUCCGUCUUCACCCGGGUCAGCGCCUACAUCCCCUGGAUUAACAAUGUGAUGACCUCAAACUGAGAUGUGCAACAAGCUGACAGUUCUUUGUUUCACUUAACAAUCAAAUAAAGAACUUAACUGCAAA